AGACAAGUGCUUCAAUCAACCUUGUAUGAAUGGAGGGAUCUGUAAAAAUAACCCGAAUGGACGCACUUGUAGAUGUUUGCUUGGAUAUGAAGGAGCUAAUUGUGAACGAAAAUGUCCACAGAAGAAACUGGAUAUUCUUCUUAUCGAGGACGUAUCUUCGUCUAUCUCCAAAGACGCAUACAGGCAGAUAAAGGAUUUUGAAGUCGAACUGCUCUCUUAUGCCCGCAUACAAAACAAUAUAAUCAAUGUGGCUUUCUUGGUGUAUUCAGGAAAGGCUGAAGUGAACUUUUUGCUGAAUUCGCACCCGGACAACAAAGAAGCCGCUAUUCGAGAUGUAAAUGCUCAAAAACAAAAAGGUGGUUCCACCUUCCUCGGUGAUGCUAUCAACAUGGCUUUAUCUGAUGUGUUUGUAGCGGAAAAUGGCGACCGUCCAGACGCAGAUAACAUUGUUAUCUUAUUUACAGAUGGUAAAAGUAGCAAAAAGUCAACCAUAUCAAGGAGCAUAGGUCGUCUCCUUACAGAGGCAAUGGUUUUUGUUGUUCCAACGUCAUCAGACCUCGACCUGGAGGAUAUUAGCGCGGUAGCGUCACCUCCCGAUGAAGAACAUGUUUUCUCUUUGAGCAACUCUUUGGCACUUGAUGAAAUCAAGGAGAGAACCAUCUAUAUGAAGUGUGGAGUAAAUGUUGCAUUAAAGGUAUAAACACUGAAGAUCUUUUGCAAA